CCAUACGCUAUAAUAGAAAUAAGUGCCUGGACCGAGAGGGAUUUCUAGGCAGCUGUAGUAAACUCACCACGACGGAGUGCCCCAGGCAAGCGGGGCCACAAGCUCGUGUUUCGGGGAAGGAACCUGUUCCCCCCGCCAAGCGACGCUGGGUCCCUCCCUCUACAGUGAGACACCAUGAUGCCAUUACAGCCGAGUCUCGUCACGACCUGGUGUUCCGUAAGGUUCGCGGUAUUCUCAACAAACUCACGCCAGACAAAUUCAAGAAGCUGAGCGAUGAUCUACUCCGUACCGAACUAACAUCCGGCAUCAUUCUGAAAGGCGUCAUCUUUCUAAUCUUUGAAAAGGCGCUUGAUGAACCGAAGUACUCGUCUAUGUACGCACAGUUGUGCAAGCGGCUGUCAGAGGAAGCACCAAAUUUUGAGCCUCCAAAUGGUCCUUGCACCUUUAGACUGUUACUACUUAACAAGUGCAAAGUUGAAUUUGAACAAAGGUCAGAAAUUCUCGAACAGUAUGGACAUAAAGACCAAACAAUCGAGGAUGAAGAACGCAGGCAUCUGGCGAAACGCAAAAUGCUGGGCAAUAUCAAGUUCAUUGGUGAACUGGGUAAGCUGGAGAUCUUAUCGGAAACGAUAUUGCACCGGUGCAUUCAGGAACUUCUGUGCGCGAAACGGCGUGGCGAUGAUCCCUCCGAAGACCUGGAGUGCCUAUGUCAAAUCAUGCGCACCUGCGGCCGCAUCUUGGACUCAGACAAGGGCAAAAAGCUGAUGGAUCAAUAUUUUGAGCGCAUGUCUGUGUUGGCAGAUAAUCAAGAAUUACAACCACGUAUCCGUUUUAUGUUGAAGGACGUAAUAGACCUUCGGUCGGACGGUUGGGCACCGAGAAAGGUAGCUGUUGUUGAAGGUCCUGUGCCCAUCCAUCAGAUCAGACCGGUCGAAGAUGAUAGGCCGGGUUUCCGAAGGGACAGAAACCAGGAUCGGGAUUCAGACCGAUCCAACUUGUCAGAAUUAUUUAGACAUCCGAUGAAGACUCGUGGCGGUCUUGAGGGCAUGCUAAUCAGCAUGAAUCUCGGAUCCUCCACUACUAAUCUAAUACCUACUCACCCGUUCCCCAACGGCUAUGGUGGACAAAGAGAUGGAGGAUACCGCGGACAUAACAACCAACGUAGCGGUUUCAAUAACUACAACAAUCAGCGGGGACAAUACAAGCACAACCAGAAUAACAGCAUGAAUCAAUACAAUAACCAAUCCAACAAGGAAGUAGCUCCUCGUUUCAAGAAAAAUUUAAUUGCUGCUUGCGAACAUCAGAACCUCGUUGAUGUGGAAUUGCGACCUUCAUCAAUGCUUUUCAAGCAAGCUUCAGUUAAAAGUAACAACAUUAUGAACUCCAGACCAUUAGAAUCAACACUGGCUCCUAAACAGCCAGUUAGUACACCACUUUUGAAGGAAACAACACUGCCUAUUAAACAAGUAUCUACAGAGAAACCCAAGCAAACAAAGAAAGAAAAAGGUCCAAAUAAGGAGGAGGUCUUAAAGAAGUUCUCCUCGUUGAUGGAAGAUUUUCUAAAAGGAGACGUGAACAUUCAGCAGGCUGUAGAUUCUUACAAGGAACAUAAAGUACCGGACAAGUUUGCUAAGGACGCAAUACUUAAUGGCUUAAAAACUUUUGCAACCGGCAAAACAAAUGACGAAAAGCAAAAGUUCAUCACGCUCCUAGCCAACUUAAAAAAAGAGAACUUACUACCCACCCACAUUAUUCACGACUCAUUCAAAGCCGUUUGUAACCUCAUCGAUGAAUGUGAGAACGAGAAAAGCAAGAUCAUCACCUCAAUCUCGUUUUUGAAUGCAUCUGCUAUUAAAGAAAAUAUUCUGCUGCUAGCAGAUUUCGGAUCAUUCACCGAACAUGGCACCUACUAUCCGCUAUUCAUGUCUACAAUGCAGGAACUUAAAGAGCUCUUAGGUGAAAAGGAGUUAACCAAGUUAUUUAACGACAGCAAAAUAACAUUACUCGCACAGUUGCUCGAAAGUGAUCGCACCAAGGAGCGACUAGCAAUCAUUCUGGGAGAGCAACGGUUAACAUUCCUUUGCCCAAUGCUUCAGCUAGAAGCUGACCUCGCCAAACAGCUACAAACCGAUCCAAAUCCACAACAAUUUUACAAGUGGAUUAAAGAAAACUUGGAGUCCAUUGAUUUUACUGAACCCGGUUUUAUAACAGCUCUUAUGACUGUAUUGCUCAAAUAUAUUACUCAGGAUGCUGCUGCAGCUGCUGCUGGCGACGAUAAAGCGAUUGCAGAAAAAGAGAAAGCUUUGUUGGAUAAAUAUCAACCAAUUUUACAUGCAUUUUUGCACGAGAAUUCAAAUUUGCAAUUGGUCGCCGUUUAUGCCUUACAGGUGCAUUUUUAUGCUCUUGGAUUCCCGCGCGGUCAAUUGCUGAGGUGGUUUAACGCCCUUUACGAUUCAUCUAUUGUCGAGGAAGAAGCUUUUCUUACUUGGAAAGAAGAUGUUACUGAUGUUUAUCCCGGAAAAGGUCAAGCACUCUUCCAGGUGAAUCAGUGGUUAACUUGGCUCCAGGAAGCAGAAUCAGAAGAGGAAGAGGGAGAUGAGUAAACUGUAUGUGAUGCAGGUGUCACUUUAGGAGAAAUUUUAUUUUUUAAGUUAUUAAUUACAGUAAGGAUUCCAAUCCUUUUUUACAUAUUAAUUUUGGUCUCGACAGCUGAUUAUUUAAGUAUUGUUUUUUUUUUCUUUCUUCAAAUAGUAAAUUGUCCUUAGCUGUAGUUUAUGUUUCUUCAGGUGAGGCUUCGCCCACCUAGCACCAAUUUAGUGAAAUUGUACAUUACGCUGUUAUUUUUUUUAUGUGUGAAUGGUUUUUAUAUUUUAAAGGACAUCAGGAUUGUGUCGCAUAAUUGCUUUUCAAAUCUAUUUAACUAACUGAAUCUGUUUUUACAAUUAAUAAUUACAAUUAAACCUCUGACUAUAAAUCGAAUAAAAAGGCAAAAAAAAAUACAAUUAUAUAUAAAUGGUGAAACAUUCAA